AUGCCGUCAAAUGCCGCACUUCUCUCCGGUACAUGUGUCACUAUUUAUGGAGUUAUCUUUAUUGGAUCUACGACUGCAUUCUCAUCCAUGGUCAACGCUGCCAUUGUUUUCCAGCAGACCUCAUGCAUUAUACCCCAAGCUAUUGUACUCCUACGUGGCCGUAAUCAAGUAUUGCCAGAGCGCUAUUUCAAUCUCGGCAUAUUUGGGGCCCCUUUAAAUGCAAUUGCAGUUGUAUGGGUCCUCUUUCUGGAUAUUCUAUAUUGCUUCCCAACUUCGAUGCCAGUGACGCCGCAAAAUAUGAGCUAUGUCUCGGUCGUCACAGUGGGCCUCGUUAGUUUUGUCAUUGUUUUAUGGUUUCUCAACAAGCGCAAUACUUUCAAGGGGCCGAAUGUGGAUUAUAAUCUGUUGAACAUGCGACGCAUGGCAAAUCUACACGGCGAAGAUUCGACUAUAGAAGGUACGAAUCUCGAGACUGGAAGUGUGAGCUCGCAGAAAACUGGAAAGAUGGAAUUAAAUAGUUGA